CUUUCUAAGGCAAUGUGGACGUCGAGGCAGGUUACAUAUCCGGAUGAUCUGGUUUCCGCAGGAGCGCAGCUAGAACUUCGACCUUGAUUCUGGAGCCGAGUCGGAGUCAUGUGCUCGUGAUUGGAACGAUCGUCCAUUAUUGACCGUCCAAUCGACAUCCGCUCAAGUUCAUAGAACGUCGCACAGGAUGCCCCCACAGCUUCUUCCCUUCCCCUACAUCCAGGAUAAUGAUUAUUGUGCAUCAUCUGAAUGAUUCUCGAUCCCAGAGAAUACUCUGGCUCUUGGAAGAGCUAGGCGCCCCUUACGAAAUCAAGAAAUACUAUCGCAAUUCUCUUCACCGGGCACCGAGCGAGCUUUUGGAGGUCAAUCCCCUGGGAAAAUCUCCUGUCAUCACCGACGGCGAUAUAAACCUUGCCGAAAGUGGCGCAAUUAUUGAAUAUCUUAUCGAAAAGUACGGAAAUGGACGGUUCCGGACGACAACUGAAUCCGAGCACAUCAAUAAUUUAUACUACACCCACUACGCAGAAGGUUCCUUGAUGCCAGUCCUUGUUAUGGGUUUGAUCUUCCGCUUCGUGCCUCAGCAAUCUCCUUGGUUCCUUCGUCCCUUCGUGCGCUUCUUAUUUAGCCAAAUGGAAAAAGUAUUGGUCAAGCCCGAACUUUCGAAACAUUCUGAGUUAGUCGAGCAGCAAUUGAGUAAAGUCAAAUGGAUUGCCGGAGGCGUUGAGCCUACCUCCGCGGAUUUCAUAAUGAUCUUUCCCCUGGAGGGUCUAGUUGAUAUCAACUCCGCAGGGAAGAAUACGUCAGGGUACGUUCAGAAAGUACAUGCUCGCCCAGCAUACAAGCGAGCUCUUGAGAAAGGCGGGGAAUUCGCGUACGCAUGAUGUAUUAUCAUAAUUCCAUACCAUACUACACAUGGGUUUCGAAUCAAAUUCAUGGACCAGAGAUUAUCCUUCGAACUACCUUUUUCGUUACGCCGCUCAAGCACUAUGUUUCCUAGGCCUCGGUCAUUGUUGGUCUCGUUCACGCCGGCCUCCAAAAAAAUACAAAUGAACUCUGUUUGGUCCCAAGGCAACUCGAUGAACGACAAACGAUCCCGCAGACCCGGUGCUCGGAACGAUUCCGGCGAUCAUUCUACUCGUUGGAACCUCCCAUCACCUUUGGCAGCUACACAUUCGAAACACUGAUGACCCUCGUAGGAGUGUACCUUUCUGUAACCUAAUUCACAGCACUGUCGCCUGCACGGGCCGCCUACCCGUGGUUCGGGGACUUCACGUCCAAGUCCACACUGGAUGUCACACAGGGCCUUGGAAAUACCAGCACUUUGAUGGUACUA